GUAAUUUUUAAAUAUAUUGUGCCAUGAUAUAUUGUAGUCAGAAUAUUAAACUGAUUAUUUUUCUAUUUCAUUCAGCAGAAUGAUGAAGGUUCUGCUGCUGACUCUUGUUCUCGUCCUGAUCUUGACGAAUGGAUCUGCCCUGAAAUGUUAUAACUGUGUCCCCGGCUCCCCUGGAGGAAGUUGUGUGACCACUCAGGAGACGUGUGGCUAUAAAAAAGACACCUGUGUGUCUGCCAGAUUCACUAUCGCUCCCUAUUCUUACUUCCGGAGGUGCAUUAGCAUGGCAGCCUGCAUCAUUCUUCAGUCCAGUCCCAGUAUUAAAGUCAGUUGCUGUCAGAGGAAUCUGUGCAACACCCUGGUUAUUAAAACCCCAAAAUCUCAAUGCAUAUCAAACCAUAAGUGA